AUGUCCAUCCUCGGCAUUGGUGUCGACGUCCUACAUCUCCCUCGUAUCUUCAAUCUCAUCAAACGCUAUCCGUCUCGUCUCCACUCUAGAAUUCUUAGUGCGCAAGAAUUACUCGAUUUGCCCGGAAACCACGAAUCGCGUUUGCGAUUCAUUGCAGUUCGCUGGGCCGUCAAAGAGGCCGCGUACAAAGCGUUUUAUCCACAUCUGAGACCAAGCUGGAAAGACUUGACCUUACGGAAGGACGGCCCGAAGCCGAAGCUGGAGUUGAAGGAAUGGGCCGGGCGGAUUCACGUUUCUGUCAGCCAUGACGGGGAAUAUGUCUUCGCGUCCGUACUCGUUGAGAAUGAAUGA